AUGGGGCCAGUUGAGCAGAAGGUGAAGAAUUUCUACAAUUCCUGCUUAUUGGAAAGUGACGGCUUCCAUCAGGACAUCCGGAAGAAAACGUUGUCAUCUUUGCGCCUGCUAAUCAAACAAGUCGGUGGCUGGAGCUUCUCAGACAUUGAUAAUACGACGACGACGACGACGACGGCUGCCAAUUGGAGAUUUCAAACAGCACUUCAAAACAUUCACCAUUUAGGCGUUUGGCCACUUUUUGAAAUCACUGUCGAUGUCGACGAAAUGGACCCGACAAAAAAUAUAUUUAAAAUUGGCAUUGGAUCCAAUUUCAUGGAUCCCCAUAUUCAUCCGAUAUCGGGCACUCCAGAGAACGACACAACAUUAAACGGACCCUUAUACUCACAAUUCUUGUCUGAAUCUUUCGAAAAGUACAUGAAGGAAACGAUUCGGAUUAUGAAGUUGUUAGCGGGAAAAUCAGUGAAUGCCUCGAUGCUCGCCUAUCAUGUCAGUGUCAUGGAGAAAACGUUUGUACAGAUGAAGUCGACGUCGUCGCAAGAAAGCUACAAUGUAUCCACCAUCCAUGACUUAACGAUACGCUAUCCGAUGAUCAAUUGGAUGAAAUAUUUUACCAGUCUCGCUUCCAUACGUCACAUAAGCAUCAAGAGCACAGACCGGGUGGCUAUAUUGUACCCGGAUUAUUUGAGUCAUUUAUCGGUUUUCUUAAACGAUGUCAAGACAAACGCCACAAAGGCCGAAACUUUACGGAAUUACUUAAUAGUUUCACUGAUUCGUUCCAUGUUGCCUUUCUUCGAAGAGAGUAAUUUGGAAGAGGAGGAAAAAGACAGCGACUCGAUUCUGAGAAUAAUAAUCACGAAGAACGUGCAUGGUGCAGCGUCACGCCCCCCUCUCUCUCUCUCUCUCUCUCUCUCUCUCUCUCUCUUUUCCCACUCUAUUUUGUCUUUCUUUCUCUUCCUUUCAUUCUCUCACCACUGCUCUCUUUCUCUUUCUUCUCUCUAUCCGUCUCCAUUUUUUACCGUCUUUCUUUUCCUUUCAUUCUCUCGACCCUGCACUCUCUCUUUCUUUUUUUCUAUCCCUCAUUUUACCUUCUUUCUCUUCCCUUUAUUCUCUUUCUUUCUCUCGCCUCUUUCCGCUUACUCUAUCAUUUUCUAG